UCACACAAGUAGUAAUUCUAAAUACUAUCGUUGCUUUCAAGUAUUGACCUCGACGCUAUCUCUUCCAAGUUCCCAAAAUAUCUACACCUCCACCGCCGUCCAGUCUAUAAUCAACAUGCUUAUACAUAUCCGUACCGUCUACCUAAACAUGAUCCGCAAUGGCUCGAAGCCAGUAGAAGGCCGCAUGAAUGAGCCUAAGUAUGCAGCCAUCGUCGCCGGUCAGAAGAUCACUUUCUAUGAUGGCGACGACUCUGAUGAGGAAGGCGAUGGUAACGCAGAUUCAAAGAUAAACCUUGGAAAUACGUUAGAAGCCGAGGUCGUUGAGGUUAGGAGAUUCAAAGGCUUUAAGGAGAUGCUCCAAGCGUACGGAGUCCAAGCUUUCUUGCCGGAUUUCAACGGCAGCUUGGACGAAGCAGUAGAGGUGUAUAGGGGGUUUGAGGGGUACAGAGAGGGCGAGGAGGAAUUUGGUGCCUGUGCUAUCAAGCUGAUGGUGCUAUAAGAGCUUGAUUUUGAGAUGCAAUUUAUCAUCUGAGCAUUUGAGGUACUUUCGAAGGUCCAGAGAUCACUCACUUAGACCUAAGGCUUUGCAGAUCUUUGUCACGAACUGCUGUCGUCGCAGCCCCUAUGCACUCGUUAGUUAAAGCAAACUAUAAUCAAUGAGAAGUUUACCGUCAACAGAGGAACUGUUUGAAGGGCAACACAUGUGAGGCUGUGAUCAUGUGUAUUUAUUUGGGCUUAGCCUGGAGGUAAAGGGUGCGUAAAGUAGCAACCGCGCCCUGCCAAAUUCAGCAGCUCUAACCCCGAGAAGUGGCUUUAUUUUAUAAAAUAGAUCCUGAGGAUUAAUAGUAAAAGCUUUAAAAUAUAAAGGGUUAUAGAAUGGAG